UAAUUAAUGCUAGAUUUCCCGCAUGCUUCAAUUUUGAGUUGAUGUGUUUCCGUAUGCUAUAAUUAACCAAGUUAAUGGCGCAGUUGAUGCAUAAUCUGCGAGAGAGAGAGAUGGUGGGGUGGGUGUUGGUGUUGUGGUUGGGCAUGGCGGUGGUAGCUGCCGCCGCACUUGGUGGCCAAGUCAGGUAUGAUGGAAGGUCGAUAAUCGUUGAUGGCCACCGGAAGCUUAUCUUCUCUGGUUCUAUUCAUUAUCCUCGAAGCACGCCUCAUAUGUGGCCAUCUUUGAUAUCAAAAGCCAAACAGGGAGGACUUCAUGCCAUUGAUACCUAUGUAUUUUGGAAUCUUCACGAGCCCCAACAAGGACAGUAUUAUUUCAGUGGAAGACGCGAUAUAGUAAGAUUUAUGAAGGAAGUACAUUCUCAAGGCCUCUAUGUUUGUCUUAGAAUAGGGCCCUUUAUAGAGGCCGAAUGGUCUUACGGAGGCCUUCCAUUUUGGCUCCAUGACGUUCCCGGCAUUGUUUUUCGAUCCGAUAACGAACCGUUUAAGAUUCACAUGCAAAAUUUUACGACGAAAAUAGUGAAUAUGAUGAAGUCUGAGAAAUUAUUUGCCUCGCAAGGAGGACCCAUUAUACUUUCUCAGAUCGAGAACGAAUAUCAAAAUGUGGAAAAGGGCUUUGGCGAUAAAGGGCCGCCUUAUGUCCGCUGGGCUGCGGAGAUGGCCGUGGGCCUAAAAACUGGCGUGCCAUGGGUGAUGUGCAAGCAAGAUGAUGCUCCAGAUCCCGUGAUUAAUGCCUGUAACGGGUUGAGGUGUGGAGAGACAUUCGUAGGACCAAAUUCACCAAAUAAGCCAGCCAUUUGGACAGAAAACUGGACACAUUUCUAUGACGUUUACGGCAACAUCACCAAAGUGAGAGCGGCUGAGGACAUCGCGUACCACGUUGCUCUAUUUAUAGCCAAAAUGAACGGGGCCUACAUAAAUUAUUACAUGUACCACGGUGGAACCAAUUUUGGAAGGAAUGCUUCUGCAUUUUCUCUAACUAGUUACUACGAUCCAGCUCCACUAGACGAAUAUGGUUUGAUCAGACAACCAAAAUGGGGUCAUUUGAAAGAGUUGCAUGAAGCAAUUGAUCGGUGUUCAAACACCCUACUAUAUGGAACUAAAACUAAUCUCUCUUUGGGCCCAUGGCAACAAGCCUAUGUAUACAAGGGAGAAAGAAACGAAUGUGCGGCAUUUCUUGUGAACGCAAAUGGUGCAAACGCAGCAGCCGUCCGAUUUCAAAAUCAGACGUACAAUAUUCCUCGAAAGUCGAUUAGCAUAUUACCAGAUUGCAAAACAGAGGCAUUCAACACAGCAAAGGUGAGCAGUAAAGAGAGUAGAAGAAAAAUGGCGGCGGCUGUGGAGUUGGCCUCAGUAGAGAUGUGGCAAGAAUUGGAUGAAGUUGUUGCAGUGUUUGAUGAAACCUCGUUGAGAUCAAAUAGGUUGCUAGAGCAGAUGAACACCACCAAAGACACAUCUGAUUAUCUCUGGUACACUGCUAGUUAUGAGCAAUCCGAGGAGUCGCAGUCUACUAAGAUAAGUGUAAAUUCUGGCGGUCAUGUGUUGCGCGCAUUCGUGAAUGGUGAAUUUAUUGGCUCCGAACAUGGGACUUACAGAAAUCAAAGUUUGGUUUUGGAGAAAAAUGUUUCUUUGAAAAGAGGAAUGAACAACAUCUCAUUGUUAAGCAUAAUGGUUGGAUUACCGGAUUCGGGGGCGCAUAUGGAGCUCAGAACAUCUGGUUUGGAGAAGGUGAGGAUCGGAGAAACAGACUUAUCCAACCAUCCAUGGGGAUAUCAGGUGGGAUUAAAGGGGGAAAAGAUGCAACUUUACACAGAAGAGGGUUCAAGAAAAGCAAAAUGGAGAAAAUUGAGCUUAGCUUCUCGACUUAAAUGGUACAAGUCCAAAUUUGAUGCACCCAAAGGCAAUGAUCCUGUUGCACUAAAUCUGGCAUCAAUGGGGAAAGGGGAAGCAUGGAUCAACGGUGAAAGCAUCGGUCGAUAUUGGAUCUCAUUUCUCACCCCUCUAGCCACUCCUUCACAAAUACAGUUUCACAUACCUAGGUCAUUCUUGAAGCCUAGAGAUAACUUGUUAGUGUUGUUUGAAGAAGAAUGGGGUAGUCCUCUCGGCAUAUCAGUAGAUACUGUUUCUGUAACAAUGGCAUAAUUUGUAAACUAUUUUUGCCUUAAGCAUAAUGAGUAAAAUUAAUUGUGGAGAGUAAAUUAACUUUUUUUUUUCAUUUGUUUUUUGUUUGUGUUUUCACAUGGGAAGUCUACUCUAUAGAAAUGGCAAGU